AUGUCUCGACAGCAACGCAUUCUGGCCCUAUUGGCGAUACAACUCCUGAUGCUUCUUACGAUUGGGUUGAGUCUUUUAGCUGUAAAAGAUCGAUCUCCAAUCAGGGAUCAAAGCGCCGCUGUAUACACUGCUAGCGAUGGCUCUCCAAGUGACAACUACACCAGCGGUAUUCGCCGUGGUAUUUUUGCGCUACCGAUUCAACUUCCACAACGACAGGAUUCGGCAUGCCUAGCAAGCGACAAUCAGUUGAGUCCGUGGAAGUGCGCAUCCAACUCAACCUUUCAACUCAGUGUACUACCUGCCCCGGCAGGCAACGAAACUUCAACUAUGAUAGCGGUAGGGUCGCCAUCCAACGACGCCAGCGUUCGCCACGGCGAAGGCAUACCGAACAUCCCGCCCUUGGAAUUGUCAGUGGUUGGAGGUGCUAGGAACGAAGAUGGGUCUACCUAUCAUUUUCGAACUACCUACAACAAAGUCGUGUUGCUCGCGGAGGAUGAGUUCCCCGUCGAUGGGGAGUUACAAGCCCAUCCUUCGGCGCUGGGUGAUCCGUUCCAGCCUGGGAGUAACCUGUGGCAGUGCGUCUUCAACGAGACCCUGCUUGAAGGUUACAUAUACGUCACUAGGGUGACAAGCACUGCACCGAAUACUGCCAAAACUAAGAUUGCAGGACUUUCGGACUUCCCUUACUCUAUGAGAUUAUUUGAAGAGUGGGCGCCAGGUGGUAAGACGCCUUAUUGUCAGAAGGUGACUAUGGGAUCGGACGGCACACUGGCUCCACUCGCAGAAGAGAUAGCGUUGCGCCUGGAAGACCCUCAGGGUAAUGUUGCAGCCUCCAUGUCACGAUCCACAAAACGAACCGGAGAUCGAGAGCAAAGACAAGAGGUGCGCGCAGAUCACUGUCAGUGUCAAUGGCUGGUUGACGGGUAA